AUGGUGUCUUUUGAAGUCUUGCAUUACUUGAAGCGAAAGCGAAAAGGAAGGGAUGGUUUCAUGGCUCUCAAGCUUGAUAUGAGUAAAGUGUAUGACCGUAUUGAGUGGAACUUCUUGAAGGCAGUACUUUCAAAGCUUGGGUUUGGAACCAAUUGGAUGAAUUUAAUGCUUAAGUGUGUCUCGUCUGCUAGUUACAAGGUGGUUCAUGGGGGUCGAGAAAUGGGGCCUAUAGUACCAAGCCGAGGAAUUCGCCAAGGGGAUCUGUUAUCUCCUUAUAUCUUUAUCCUUUGUGCAGAAGGUCUAUCAGCUUUGCUUCAGAAAUUUGAAGUUGCUUUGGGUCAAAAGGUCAAUGUCAACAAGUCCUCCAUCUUUUACAGUACCAAUACCCAAGCAGCUAUGAAACAACAAAUAAACACUCUCUUGCAGAUGAGACAAGCAGAUGAGAAUAGUUUGUAUUUAGGGCUUCCGAGUACGUUGGGGAGGAACAAGUCAACAGUUUUCGGAUAUCUCAAGGAUCGGGUUAGGAAGAAGCUUCAAGGGUGGGAUGCAAAAAUCCUUUCUCAUGCCGGGAAAGAGGUCCUUAUUAAAAUAGUGGCUCAAUCAUUACCAAACUUUGCCAUGAUUGUUUUUCUUCUGCCUCUUGAGAUUAGUCGAGACAUUGAAAGCCAGAUGGCGCACUUUCUGGUGGAAGACUUCACCUGGUGA